AUGUUGUCUAUAUCAUAAAUAUAGAAAUCACCUUAAGUGCAAUCCUCUACGAAAUUGAAUAGAUUUAAUUUAUUUACGAGAAAUAGAACGCUUGACAAUACAGAUGCCAGUAAAAUGAGAGCUAAAUAUAUAAUUCAUGACAAAGAAAGUCUAUACGAGGAAAUUUAAAAUCUGAAAUAAGAAAACAAUUAAUUAAAAUUAGCAUUACGAUAGUUUUAAUCGUAAAAUUAAUAUUUCAAGAGAGAAGUGCAAUCCAUUUAAAAAGAAGAAAGUACGCCUUUGAAGAAUUAUACAAGAUUAAAAUAAGGGUUUUUGGAGAAAAUCACAAAGUUAGAGGUAUAAAUUUCUGUAAAUGCAGGACAAUAACAUCAAAUUGCAACAAUAGUUAUAGGAAUAAAUAUCCUAUAUUAAUCAAUUGCAAAGUCCGAUGAACAAAAAUAAUGUUGAAGGAUUGUGUAUAUCUUUAAGUGAAGACAAUAUGAAAAUGACAUAAUUAAUUUCACACUUAGAACAGUCAGUUACAUUAUAAUAAGUAGUGAAAAUUUAUUAAAUUUAGAAUAAUUGCAAUAAGAUGAACAUUAAAUAUAAUGCAAUCUUAAAUAAAUAUAAGUAACUCAAGAAUUUGAAUGCAUAAUUACUAUUAGAGAUGGCAGAAUUAAAAAAAAAAGAUACUUUAUUUCUUGAAAGGCCUCAACAGAAAGAUAAUAAGAAGAUGGAGGAACAAUUACAAUUGGGCUAUGAUUAGGCAAUGGUCGACUUGAGAAAUGAAAGACAGAAGAACAAGUAUCUGGAAAAUCAAAUGCAAAAACUUUAGGCAGAUAAUUAAGAAUAAAUAGAGAAUUUAGAAAAAAGGAUGGCUGAAUAAAAGAGAUAAUUUGAAACUUUGCAAAGAGAAUAUGAAUUAGAAAAGCAAUCAAAAUAUCAGCCCAAAAGGACUAUUCUAAUAAAAAACAAUGGUCCUUAACCGCCUGAGGAGCAAGGGUAAUUAUAAGAAGAUAUUGAAUUGUAAAAAAAGAAAUUUAUAAAUGUGGACAAAAAUGAUAUCUUAGCCAUUGCUAGACAAGUCAAAUUAAAUUUGAUUGGAUUGAAAAUAUCUUUAUAAUAAGUAGAAACAUAUUUAUUGACAGACGAGGUAUUAACUUAAUAAUAAUUGAAAUAAAAUCUAUCUAAUAGAAUCUUUGGUUUAAAAUCAAUUGAAUAAGUGGAAAUGGCUGCUAUUUAUUUAGCAGAUGUUGAAAAUGAAACAGAAACGACAACCAGUGCUAGAGUGAGAAGUAUCUUUAAAACUUUGAUGGAAAACUACUAAAUUUUAUCAAUAGAAUAAUUGAAUAAUAUCAAUCAAUAGAUAAUGAAGAAGAAGAAUGAGAUAUCAGACAUUUUAAUUAGGAAAUAUCCAGAUACUUACACUAGUGGAUACAUUACAAUCGAUGUAAAUGUAGAGUAUAUAUUUAGGCCUAUUUGGAAGUACUUUCUUCAGUGGAAAUUUAAUUAAGUAAAAUAGAGAUUGAUCAUUUCUAUGCUCUAAUCUUAAGAUAAAAUAGGUCAUCAAGAAUAUUUUUAUAAUAAAUACAUUCACCCUUUGAUGUAAAUUAAGAGGAAGAUGAUUUAGAAGAUUAACAAUAGAAUAUCAAUUUAGGUGAUGCUUAACCUGAGAGUCUAAAAAUGUCCAAUAGUGAAAUACUAAUCAUAAAUAAUCGUAAGGAAUCAGAAUUUGUUAAUCUGAUUGAGGAGGAUGUCGAUCACAAUUUGAGAUCGAAUUAGAAGAAAAUAGAUAACAAUAUAGAGAAAUUGGAAGAAUAAAAUGAAGAUGAAUUCAAUCUAUCACAAAAGUUGAAUUUGGAAUUGUCAGAAGAGGAGAAGAACCCAUUCCAAGACGUGUAGCAUGAAGAAUCAGAUGUGAAAAUGAUUGAUUCGUAAGAAUUAAGAAAAUAAAGUUAACCUGAAUUAUAAUAAUUUUGA